CUAUUCCCCGACACUACAUCUUAUCAGUUACUUCUGGCUUCGGAUUAUUCCAACGAAGCAUUUCUUCUCAACAUGGCAGUUGUCCAUGCAAUGUCUCAUCGGCCCUUUGCAGAACCACCCUGGUGUUGAACAACAACUCUUAGGUUGAACAUGCCAACCGAGAGCGACCCUAGAGCCGGUGAGCUAUUGAAUUGAUGAAUAUCUGAACUAUGCAUAUCAACGGAUGCCGAGAUCGAUUUCGUGGGGGUUCUUCUGUGAUGCUCAUCAGGUCUUUCGUACACCGAUCAAGCAACGAAAUGACAUACUCUCCGACCGGGCGGAGCAUUUGCCAAAGGACCUCUAGACGACUCUGGUCUAGAGAAGACGGCGACCCCAGAGCUCAGCCUUCUGGACUCGCUUACCGAGUCGUCUUCAAGCCCACACGUAUUGUCUCAAACAUUCCUACAAGGUGCAUCGCGCGGGAUGUGUGGAUAUCCCACUUGUAUUUGAGCCUCUUGGUGGUCCACUUCCAUCACGCCACGCAAAGACGUGUGAUGAAGCAGCUAUGUAGGCAGGAUCCUCACCGCAAGAUAGCGCGUCCGGUGAGCGUAAUCCCCACGAAGCACCAAGCAGCCACUCAAGAUGCUAUCUACCGUCCCGCAUCCAAACGGUCGACCAAACAGCCGUCCCUACUUACGCCGACCUCGUGGCCUACGCCCCGUACGCUCCGCUAACGACGCCUCCCAAACCAGCAAUCGCCAGGCAACCCAAGCAGGUGCCGCCUGCAAAAAGCAAAAAACCAGAUAAAAAAAGUUCGACCCGAGCAAAUGGGCAGGCACGGGCCUGGCAGAGCGGUAAGCGAUGCAGGUCGGCCGCGCCAAUGACGGGGUGAGGCGCCAGCAGGAGCUCAAAAGCAAUCAUCGAGACUGGAAUUUCCCGAGAAGGCUUGACUGGAGACCACGUUGAGGUCGCAUAAGCCUGCCGAAGCCACCCGUUGUGCGUCGCGAGAUUGGUG